AUGGAAAGAAUCCCAAAAAAGACAAACAAGAGCCCAAAAAUAAAGAAAAGACAGCCACUUAAGGUUGUGUACAUCACAAACCCUAUCAAGUUCGAGGCUAGUGCCUUGGAGUUCCGGUCACUCGUGCAAGAACUCACCGGCCAAGAUGCUGACGUGGAGGCGGUGAAGGCGGCCGCAGCGGAGGACAAUGUUCAUGCAGCCUCGGAGGAGGGACAAGUCUCAAAGUUGGGGCAGUUUAGUGGUAAAGUGGUUGAAUGGGAGGAGUCCGACCUCGCGGCUGUCAGAUCCGCGGUGUCGGGCUACGAUGAGGUUGCUUCGCCGAUGAUGGUUGAGGGGAUUUCCCCAGACCUAUUUGAUUUCCUUCAAAAUCUAGAUGCGAUGUAA